AACCAAACCUCGUUCACCCCACAUUCAUUCAAACAGCCCAGGGUGAGGAAAAAGCUUCACGGCAGAUGAUAGAAUAUCGCAUCGGAAAAAAACCAUUCAUCCGUUAUGUUCUUUGUUCAGCCGUGAAACAGAAUUUCCUCUUCCUCGAACGCUGCGAAUGGAGUGCAUGAGGUGGGAGUUAGUGUUGGAUAUUGAAAAUUUCGCGGUUAGCAGGUAUUCGUCUCUUGAGUUUUCGGCGUCAAUUCUGCAGCAUUAGGUAUCUUUCUGUUUAUUCAUUGAGUUACGUAUUUUUCUAUUUUUUUCCGAUUGAUGGUGGAAUGGUUGAGAAAAGCGGUUUUUAAGUAUUUGGUUGUUCGACGUUGCGGAGCGGGUGGAACAGAUUUGGCUGCAUCAUCUGUUUCUUCAGUGGAGGAUUGUGAUCUGUUGGCGCUCUUGUUAUGGCGCCCUCUACAACUCGACAUGAAAGUCGAGACCGGUCACCAGCUGUUUCAGACCGACACCAUCAUCGCGAGGCUGGCCGCUCCUCGCACAGAAACACGAAGGAUAGAGAGCACAGCAAGUCGCCGAGUCGGAGCAGUGUAGACCGAGGAGAUCGUCACCAUAGUUCCCGUCAGAGCCGUAGCAGCAGUCGAGAUCGUCGAGGAGGGAGGGGCGAGCAGAGUCGUUCUCCAAUUCGGUCUCCGGCUCGUCGAAGCUCAAGGAGCACGAGUCGUGAUAGGAAGGAUUCGGUCAGGAGCCGAAGCAGGAGCCGAGACAGGCACAGGAGAGAUGUGCACAGGAGCCGAAGUCGCAGUAGGGAUCGACGGAAUGAAAGAGAUCGCAAGAGGAGAGGAGAUGAUUGGAAAGAAACUGAAGACAGUCAUGGUCGUGAGAAGAAGAAGGCCAGCGACCGGGAGAACAGGAAAGAAAGUGAGAAGGAGAAGUUAGCUGACAAACAUAAGGAGAAGGUUUCGGUUGUUGGAACUGAAGAUGUUGAAGAUGGUGAGAUUUUGGAAGCCCUUUGUGCUGAGGAAAAGCCAAAACCGAACGGCAGUGGGCCAAGUCCAAUUGUGCCAGAUAGCAGCAAAAAAGCAGAGCCUCUGUCUUUGGAGGAGAUUUUGAGGAAGCGCAAGGACGAAGCAAUGCAGCAAGCAAAGCCGGUGUUUUUAACCAAGGCUCAGAGAGCAGAGCUUGCAUUGCAACGUCGGCGAGAAGAAGCAGCUGAGCAGCUGAAAAGAAAUGAAGAGUCUCGCAGACUUUUGAUGGGUGUCGAAAACAAAGGCAAGGAGCAGGAAGAUAAAGACCGAUCCCGUGAGAAAUUCCGUGAUAGAGAUCGUGAUCAUGACCGGGAGGCUCGCGAGGCUCGGGAAAAAGAACGGGACCGUGAACGUCGAGAGCGAGAAAGAGAGCGUGAAGAAGAGGCAAGAUCACGUGAGAGGGAGCGUUUAGAGAAGCAGGCACAACGAGAACAUGAAAAAGAAUUGGAGUCAAUUAAGGAGCAAUACUUGGGUGCUAAGAAGUUGAAGAAGCGAGUUGUCAAACCAAGUGAGAAGUUCCGCUUUUCAUUUGAUUGGGAGAAUACUGAAGACACAUCUAGGGACAUGAAUCCAAUAUACCAAAACCCGCAUGAAGCUCAGCUUUUGUUUGGGCGAGGGUUUCGAGCAGGCAUGGAUCGGCGUGAACAAAAGAAGCUAGCAGCCAAGAAUGAAAACGAUUUAAGAAAGGAGAUUCGGCUCAAAGUCGGACUCGAGGAGAGGCCCGAAGAGAUUGCGGCACAGAAGCAAAAAGAGGAAGCAGCAAAUAUGUACGACACAUUUGACAUGCGUGUUGAUCGCCACUGGUCUGAAAAGAAGCUGGAGGAGAUGACAGAGAGAGAUUGGCGUAUUUUCCGUGAGGACUUCAAUAUUUCGUACAAGGGCUCACGCAUUCCACGGCCAAUGCGAAACUGGGCGGAGGGCGCUUUGAGUCCAGAGCUACUGAAAGCUGUUCAGAAGGUUGGAUAUACAAAGCCGUCUCCUAUUCAGAUGGCUGCCAUUCCAAUAGGUCUUCAGCAGCGGGACGUCAUCGGCAUUGCGGAGACUGGUUCUGGAAAGACAGCAGCGUUUGUAUUGCCCAUGCUCACCUAUAUUUCCAAACUUCCUCCAAUGACGGAGGAGAUUGAGGCAGAAGGCCCUUACGCUGUUGUCAUGGCGCCAACUAGGGAGCUUGCUCAGCAGAUCGAAGACGAGACUGUCAAAUUUGCGCAUUUUCUUGAUAUUCGCGUUGUGUCCAUUGUGGGAGGUCAAUCCAUUGAAGAACAAGGUUUUAAGUUGAGACAGGGCUGUGAAGUUGUGAUAGCAACACCAGGUCGACUUCUUGACUGCUUGGAAAGAAGAUAUGCAGUCCUUAAUCAGUGCAAUUACGUAGUGUUAGACGAGGCGGAUCGAAUGAUCGACAUGGGUUUUGAGCCACAGGUGAUGGGAGUUUUAGAUGCUAUGCCCUCAAGUAAUUUGAAACCAGAGAAUGAAGAUGCAGAGCUUGAUACACAUAAAAUUUAUAGAACGACAUAUAUGUUUAGUGCGACCAUGCCACCUGCAGUGGAGCGUCUGGCCCGGAAGUAUCUACGAAAUCCUGUGGUGGUAACAAUUGGAACGGCAGGCAAGGCUACUGAUCUUAUCACCCAGCAUGUGAUAAUGGUUAAAGAGACUGAAAAACUGGAUAGAUUGUGCCGCGUUUUGAAUGAUAUGGGUGAUAAAACGGCCAUAAUUUUUGUCAACACCAAGAAAAGCGCAGACACAUUGUCUAGACAACUUGACAAAAAUGGUUAUCGAGUCACCACUCUUCAUGGAGGCAAGACCCAGGAGCAGCGUGAGGUGAGCUUAGAUGGGUUCAGAAACAAGAGGUUCAAUUGCCUGGUGGCCACAGAUGUAGCUGGUCGUGGUAUUGAUAUUCCGGACGUCGCGCAUGUUAUCAACUAUGAUAUGCCUGGAAAUAUUGAGAUGUAUACUCAUCGUAUUGGACGUACUGGUCGCGCUGGCAAGACGGGUAUUGCCACAACAUUCUUAACUCUUCAUGAUACCGACGUCUUCUAUGAUCUGAAACAGAUGUUGGUACAAAGCAACAGUCCUGUUCCACCUGAGCUUGCUAGGCAUGAAGCAUCUAAAUUUAAGCCAGGAUCUAUUCCAGAUCGCCCUCCACGGAGAAACGACACUGUAUUUGCAAAUCACUGACGCAGGAGAGAAAUGAGAACUGGGUUGGAUUCCGCGUUUUGGAUAGUUGUAGUCUUGUAAGAUUAACGUACUUCGGCAUUAUUUCAAAAGUUGCAUGUUGGAGGUGUUAACAUGUCGCAUAAGUAACGUAUAUACCUUGCAGGGACUUUUGUGUUCAGGCCUUGAUAAAUCUAUUAUACUUCCGGGAUAUUGGGGUACUUGACAAAGAC